CCGCAUUCAGACGCAGCAGAGAGAGGAGAUGAGAGCUGUGGGGGCUAGCAGAGACAGAGUAGACUGAUGGGAUGCAGACCCAAGAUUGAUAGCCAGGGCUGGACCAGGACUAAAUCCUGACUAGGUCUUUCUGGCUGAUCUGCCCCUAACAAAUAAAGGGAGCGGCGAUGGCCUCACAUGUGGGGCUCCUCUUUGAGGUCCUGCAGGAUUUGGGGAACGAGGAGCUCAAGCAGUUCCAGUGGUUCCUGAGGCAGCCCGGCAUCGUUGACGGCUUCCCGGGGAUCCCAAAGAGCGAGCUGGAGGAAGCGGACAGACAGGAUACGGUGGAUCUGAUGGUGCAGACGUGUGGGCUCCCUGCAGCUCUGUCUGUCACAGUGGAGGUCCUGAAGAAGAUCAGCAGGAACGAUUUAGUGGAGACUUUAUCCAAAAGUGCUUCUAAAACCAACAAUGUUGCUGCUGACGUAGCGGGAACCCCAGAAAUCACAGGAGCGUCUGUGACAUCUGCUGCCCAGGCUGAAGGAGUUAUCACCCAUCGCCCACAGAAGUUCUCAAGACUGAAGAACAUGUGUAUGUCAAUCAAGCUUAGAGAUUUGUUGGUGCAAAGACCAAAACCUCCAAGACACAUCACAUGGUACCAGCAGAAGCUGCAGUCAAACCUCCACAACAAGUUUAUGUGCACUCCAGAGGGGACGUCAAAGCAGAAGGAUAAGAAACUUCUGGAUGAGAUCUACACAGAGCUCUACAUCAUCGACGGGAACGAUGUGGAUGUUAACAGGCAGCAUGAGGUCAGACACAUUGAGAUGACGUCGAGAAAACUGGAAGAAACCAAGAGACCCAUUCUGCACAACGACAUCUUCAAACACCCCUCAGGAGAAAGCACACCUGUAAGAACCGUCCUGACCAAUGGGAUCGCAGGAAUCGGGAAAACGUUCCUUGUUUAUAAGUUCAUCCUGGACUGGGCUGAAAGACGAGCCAAUCAAGACGUUCACCUCAUCUUCCCCUUCACCUUCCGCCAGCUGAAUUUGCUGAGCGGGAGACGGUUUCGUUUAGCACAGCUCAUUCACGGCUGUAUCCGGGAAAGUCGAGAUAUCACAGAAGAGGCUCUGGACUACAUCUUCACAAACCUUCAGGCGUCAGGAAACACCAACUACGACAAAAGUAAAUUCAAACUUCUCUUCGUGCUCGAUGGACUUGACGAAAGUCGCCUUGAGCUUGACUUCAGGGAGAAGGAAGAACAUUCGGUCAAUGAGCCGCUGUUGGUCAGUGAACUUCUCGCAAACCUCAUCAAGGGGAGACUCCUCCCAUCGGCUCGUCUCUGGGUAACCACACGACCUGCAGCAGCCAAUCAGAUCCCUCUGGACUGUGUCGACAUCAUGACAGAGGUGAGAGGGUUCACUGAUCCACAGAAAGAGGAGUACUUCAGGAAAAGAUUCAGCAACGAGGAGCAGGCAGCAAGAAUCCUGUCCCACAUCAGGAUGUCCCGGAGUCUCCAUAUCAUGUGCCACAUUCCUGUUUUCUGCUGGAUCACUGCUUCAGUUCUGAAGCAGAUAUUUGAAAAAGAUGAGAGAAAAGAAAUCCCUCAGACUCUGACGGAGAUGUACACCAAGUUCCUGGUGUUUCAGAUCAAGCAGACGGAACAGAAGUACGAGAAGAAAAAUUUCAGUGUCAUCCAGUCCCUUGCAAAGCUCGCUUUCCAUGAGUUAGAGCGAGGAAACCUGAUCUUCUACGAGACGGACUUGAGAGACAGUGGCAUUCGUCUCAGUGAAGCGUCGGUGUACUCUGGUGUGUUCACCCAGAUCUUUAAAGAAGAAGACGGGCUGAAUGAAGAUAAGAUGUUCUGCUUUGUGCAUCUGAGCAUCCAUGAGUAUUUAGCAGCUUUAUCUGUGAUCCUUUCAGUCAUUAAUGAUGAGAGGGACGUGGUGGCUAAAGCACAAAAACCUUUCCAAAAACUGCAGCAGUUCUUCAAGAAGCCAUCUGUCACUGAGGUCUGUAUGAAAGCUGUGGAUAAGGCCUUGCAGAGUCCCAGCGGACACCUGGACCUGUUCCUACGCUUCCUCCUGGGCCUUUCAUUGAAGUCGAAUCAGGAUCUCUUACACGGCCUGUUGAAAGAAAAAGAAAGCCGAGCAGACUGCCAGAAGGUUCUAGUGACGUACAUCAAGAAGAAGAUCAGGGAGAACCCUUCGCCAGAAAGAUGCAUCAACCUUUUCCACUGUCUGAGUGAGCUGAAGGACAGCUCGCUGGUCGAGGAGGUCCGGCAUUACCUGAGAACAGGCAGCCUCUCCGCUGCACGCCUCUCUCCAGCUCAGUGGUCAGCCCUGGUCUUUGUGCUGCUGUCAUCUGAUGAAGAUCUGGAUGUGUUUGACCUCAAGAAAUACUCCAGGUCAGAGGAGGUUCUUCUGAGAAUGCUGCCGCUGGUCAAAGCCUCGACAACUGCUCGACUGGACCAGUGUCAGCUCUCUUUAAAGUCUUGUGUAGCUCUGGCUUCAGUUCUCAGCUCCUCCAGUGUGAAGAGUCUCGACCUCAGUUUCAACAAACUGGAGGAUUCUGGUGUUCUUUCCCUUUCUGAAGGACUGGAGCCUCCACACUGGAAACUGGAAACUUUAAAGUUGUCUGGCUGUGGGUUAAAGGAAUGGAGCGGUGCUGCCUUUGCCUCUGUCCUCAGCAUCAAAACGUCCUCUGUGAAAUACCAGGACCAGAGUAACGGCUUGAGAAGAACGAAAGUAUUACCGACCCAGAAGUUUUCAAAGCGCAGACUGAGAGAGGAAGACAACCAGCAACUGCGGAGGUUUUCUUGGAUAACGGAGGGAAGGUUUCGCAAUGUGGGAGAAUACUGUAGUCUGACGGACCUGGACUUGAGUCUCAACAACCUGAAUGAUUAUGGACUGCAGCUGCUCUGUGAUGGACUGAAGAGUCCACAUUGUAGACUGGAAAGUCUCAGGCUCAGUCUGUGUAACCUGACUCACAGAGGCUGUAAAUAUCUGGCCUCUGUUCUCAGCUCCAAGCCCUCCAGUCUGAAAAAGCUGGACCUGAGUAACAACGCGCUUUGGAGUCCAGGAGUGCAGCUGCUUUGUGACGGACUGGAAAGCCCAAACUGUGCACUGGAAACACUGGGGCUGUCAGGAUGUCUGAUCACAGAGGAGGGCUUUGCUGCUUUAGCCUCGGCUCUGAGCAGCAACCCAUCCCACCUGAGAGAGCUGGACCUGAGCUACAAUCAUCCCGGAGAGGUGGGGAUGAAGCUGCUCUCUGCGGGACUGGACAAUCCAGCAUGGAAACUGGAAAUCCUCAGAAUUGAUCACAGUGGAGAGACUAAGUUCUUGCCAGGACCUCAGCAAUACGCCUGUGAGCUCAAACUUGACCCAAACACUGUAAACGACAGAUUCAUCUUGUCUGAAGGUGACCGACAGGUGACGAAUGUGAUACAGGAGCAGAUGUAUCCAGAUCACCCAGACCGGUUUGAGUUCGGGAACCAGGUCCUGUGUACCACUGGUCUGACUGGGCGUUGUUACUGGGAGGUGGAAUGGGAAGGAGAAGUUUCUGUGGGGGUCUCGUACAGAGGGAUCGGCAGGAAAGGACAACAGAACGACUCCCUGUUAGGAUUGAAUGAUCAGUCCUGGUGCUUCGACUGCAACCAGAACACCGUCUGGCACAACGGUGAGGGUACUCUGUGGUCUACAGCGCCGGCCUCCAGAUUCCUCAGAGUCGGGGUGUUCCUGGACUGGCCUGCAGGGACUCUGUCCUUCUUUGAUAUCUCCUUUAACUCUGUGACACACCUCCACACCUUCCUCUGCACCUUCACUGAGCCUGUUUACCCCGCUCUCAGGGUUUUUGGUAAAAACUCGUCUGCAUUAUUGUGCCAGGGCCAUGCUGUACCCGACAUACACUUUUAAGUAGGAUAAACCGUUGGCCCUCAGCACUGACACUAAAACCUAGGGAUGGUCAUGGACAUUAUACGAAGAUGCCACACUGACUUACUGGGUCAUACGUCAGCGCCAUAUUGGUAGUGACAGGUCAGCAAUGCAAGUAGAGGAGGAAUAUUUGAGUUCAGCAUAAAAAGCACAAAGGAUGAAUUUGAAAUGAUUUUAAUGAACCAUUCUAUACUCAAUGAUUUAUAUUCAUGUAAGUACUCAGCUACUGAGAAAGGAAGAGGUCCUAAUCAGAAACACUUUCACAAAUCAUCGUUUGUCAACACAGUUGGCCGUGCCAUCCACAAAUGAUGGUUAAAGCCGGAUCAUGGAGAGAAGAAGCCAUAUGUGAACAGGAUCCAGAAACAACGCCGUCUUCUCUGGACCAAAGCUC